AUGCUCCUGCUGCACCUGUGCUCGACCGCCCUGUUCUGCGCCCUGGCCGUGUCGCACCCCAUGGUCUGCGGCGUCGCGGCCUUCAUCGUGUCGUUCUCCUACUGGGGGGUCAAUUUCAUCGCCGUGGAGCUCGAGAACCCGUACGGCUCCGACGAUAAUGAUCUUCCUCUCCGUGAGAUGCAGGAGGAUAUGAACAAGAGCCUGCUCUGUCUGCUGCAGCCGAAGGCUCAGAAGCCGCCUGCCUACAACUACCUCCACGAGCGCGACGGGCUCGUGGGCGACGGCGGCACCAUCAGGCAGGUGUUCAUCAUGGACGACUACCUGACAGAGAUCAAGGCGAGCCUGGCGGCGGGGUCGGCUCCGGUGGACGUGGCCGACGUCGUCCCCACGUUCUCGGCGUGCACAGUGGACGCUGCCCGCAGAAGCCAGCCUGCGGCUCACAGCCAGCGGACAACAGAGCUGGAGGUGGACAAUUGCUUGCAAGGAACGUACCACGCCGGCUCCGUGAUGACGGGCAACAGGUACGACUCCAAUUACAGGGACAGCCAGUUGGAGCACUACUCCUCGGCGCUCCACAAGGCCCACGAUGCCUGCGUGCUGGGCAAGAAGUCG